GGGGGGGGGAAGGUAAAGUUCUCAGUAGCUGGAAAGUCAAAAGUUAAGACAGUGACAUUUUUAUGCAGAUUGAUUUAUCGCAAGUGCUCUGCUAGAUUAUGAAUACAAGUAGCGUGCAGGAGAUCACAAUCAGCAACAUCAUAAGAUGCCCAGUUGGCUAGAGACUCAGCAUUCGCUGAAAAGGAGACUGAUCGACGAGGAUGAUUUCGAAUGGAAACUACCCACAUCAUCAAGAAACAAAACCAGCGUUGAAGAACAUGGUGGUCAUCAAUUGGUGUUGAAGUAUGUGGGUGGAGUUGAUGUUAGCUUCUUGAAAGAAGACCCAUCUGUUGCCUGUGGGUCUCUCGUCGUUUUGGAUCUUCAGAGUCUCCAAAUUGUUUACCAGGAUUAUUCUCUUGUUCGUCUCCGAGUCCCUUAUAUCGCUGGCUUUCUUGCCUUCAGAGAGGUUCCAAUACUUCUACCACUUAUUGAGAAGAUGAAGAACAAUCAAAGUCCUUACUACCCACAGGUGAUAAUGGUUGAUGGCAAUGGAAUGCUUCAUCCUAGAGGUUUUGGCUUGGCUUGUCAUCUGGGGGUUCUGGCUAAUCUUCCCACCAUUGGAGUUGGAAAGAAUCUGCAUUAUGUGGAUGGUCUUAAUGAAGAGGAAGUGACAAGACUUCUUCAAGCUGGAAGAAGAAGGGGUGAAGAUUUUGUUAAAUUGAUGGGAAACUCUGGCUCCAUAUGGGGAGCAGCAAUGAGAUCACCUAGAGGCUCACAAGAUCCUAUAUAUAUUUCAGUUGGUCACCGAGUAUCACUAGAUACAGCCAUCAACAUUGCCAAAAUAACUCGCCAGUAUCAUUUACCAGAGCCGGUCCGACAGGCUGAUCUAAGAUCAAGAGACUACAUCCGUCAGCAUAAAUCAACUUUGUUAAAUCUGGCAGAUAGUUCCUGGAAAAGUAGAGCUGCAAUUGAUCUGUUCAACGACCUCGCCAUUUCCGGUGUGCUUUGGUUUCCGGUAUUCAAAGAUGGACUAGAGAGCUUCUGUAGAUGGCACUUAACAGAUAUGCACACAACUGAUCAAUGUGAUAUGUUCAGGAGUUUCUUAAUCAAGCAAGUUUACUAUGAGAACUUAGCUCUCACUGAGCAACAGCUCUUUGCCAUGAGGCUCGAGGACUUUCUUAUUUCCAAUGGAAAAAGACUGCUCAAAUUCUUGAACAACUGAGCAGAUUUGAAUUUAGUUAUUUGGCUAACAAAGAUAAUUAAAUUUUGAGCAGGUGAUGAAUGAAAAACUCUUCCAUAUCCA